AACCAAUGAAAACAAAAUUUGCAACCCAAACUCUUACAAACCAAUUUGGAAGUGCAUCUUCUGAACUCAAACUCAUUGGAAGACAAUGGCAAAAGCUAUCAUGGGAUUCACCAUUACCACUCCACAUAUUCACAGCUCUUCUCUCCAAACAACAAAAUUGGACAUGAGUUGCUCAUCAACCAGAUUUCUUAGGCAGUCUUCAAGCUCUGAACUUUUCAGUGGGUGCAAGCAGAUCGUAGGGAAAAAAAGCAAAAGAGCCUCUUUCUGCAGAACAAAUGCUUUCCCAGACUGGCCUCUAAUGGCAGUUCUUGUGGAACACAUAGAAGGCCAGAGAGACCUCAUAACCCACAAAUCUAUCGUGCAUCUCAGUGAUGAAAACAUAAAGAAUGUCUAUACUUUUUACAUCAUGUUCACUUGUUGGGGAUGCUUGUUCUUUGGUUCCAUGAAGGAUCCAUACUAUGAUUCAGAGACGUAUAGAGGAGAUGGAGGGGAUGGCACUGGAUUCUGGAUUUAUGAGAAGCAAGAAGACAUAGAAGAAUCAGCAAGAGCAGAGUUGUGGAGGGAGGAGCUGAUUGAGGAGAUAGAGCAGAAGGUUGGAAGUCUAAGAGAAUUAGAAGAGGCUGGCAAGAAGGAGGAGCUUGUCAAGUGAAUCAUCAUGCAUUGUUUAAUAUUCUUCCACAGUUCCACUUCCAGCUCUUCAAACAUCCAGACGUUAUUGUAUUUAUAUAUACCAUGUUUGUAGAUAGUUAAAUUCUCAUGAAAAUAAACACCAACUUUUGGAGAUUAUGAUGAAGUUGUUGCAAUUUUAAUUGUCAUGAAUUCAGCGGUCCGUCUGCGUGCCA